UGCCGAGGUCAUUUGGGACACGAUCGCACGGCGAUUCCCGAACGCGGCGCCGCUCCUCUGCGAGAUGGAAACGGUGAUCGAACGGGCGGAGGAUCUGCUGCAGCAGCUCAGGACGCCCUGCACUCAGGGAAAUGACACGUCCAGCUCGUUUCACACACCGGAUUCCCGGGAAUCUAACGCGACGAUUUCGAUGGUAUCCGACAUAGAAUCGUUUGCCGAAGAAACGAACAUUUCGGAACAUUGCGACGCCCCCGAGAGUGCGGAAACGCAAUUUAUGGUGCACGAUAUUCGUGAGAAGCAGGCGGAUUUAGAGCCCCAACAUUGUAGUGAACAAUCCAUUCAGCGCGAGAAGAAACCUUGUCAGGAAUAUCAUUUGAAUUCACCUCCAAGAGUCGACGGGGUCGUUCAACAUUUCGAAACGAGCUCGAUGAAUAAAUGUCACAAUUCCCUGGGGAAAUCAGAUACUAACGUAAAGGAUAAUGCUGACAAAGCAAUCGGCGUUAGUUCGGAAGAGAGGCUGAUGAACGCGAUAGCUGAAACGAAUAGUUUGGAAGGAUGGACGAAAAUGACUGAUAAUGCAUUGCGAGACUGGCACGACGAUACGGAAGGUACAAAAUUUAUUUCGCAAUUAACAGCACAAAUAAAUUUCACCUUAAUUGUCUCAGAUGACAACGAUUCGGAAACUCGGCCAAAUAUCGACGGGAAAGUAGACGCUCAUUUCAUGAUCAACGAUGGCAAAUGUGACGAGAUCGAUAAGAAAGUAAUGAGAGACUCACAGGUCAGCGUUGCAAAAUCUUCUGCAGCAACCGCGAAUUGUCGUUCGCCGUGGACUAUCCUUGAGGAGUACGCAAAGCGGUGCAAAGUGUCAAUCAAAUACGAGUACAAACUAAAGCCGAAUCUGUACGUGAUAAACGGUGACCUGUGUGGAUUUCGCGCAAUGUCGUGUGCCGAGACCCAAGAUCUGGCCAAAAACAAAUUGGCAAGAAAAAUAUUGUGGAUGAUAGCCGAGCGUCAGAUGGAUGGCUCGAAACUUUCGUCGUUCGGCGGAUUAUUAGAUUUCGAGAGAGAGGAGAUGUUACAGAUAACAGCAUUUAAUAAAGACGGGUUGAACGCGUCGCAAAAACUCUACAAGUUGUGUCUCGAGAAAGGAGAACCCUUUCCAGAGUACACUAUUCGCAAUCCGAGGACACAUCAAGGAUUUAUGUAUUCAGCUGAAUGCCUAGCUUUAGGUCGUGUCGGAGUCGGGCAAGGACGGAGGAGACAUAGCGCUACGAUUGCCGCUGCUGAAAGUUUGUACCAGAAGUACAUUUGUGAUGAGCAAUCAACAUAAACGCAAAAAUUGUGCA